AUAUAUAUGUUGCAGCGUUUGAAAGUUUAAGUUUGAAGUUGCUGUAACAAACAGGGAUAGUCUCUGUGUUUUCAACGGCAGUUUUAAGGUUGUAACCUCAAUAUCUAAAGACCUUUAAUCUAUGACAUAAAAGUUAUGAAAUAUUAAACUUUAAAACUUCUGGAUUCAAAACAAACAAACCAAAAAUCUAAAAUAAAAAAAGAAGCAAUAGUAAAGAUUUAGUGUCGCAGCUGCAUUGAUUCCAAGAAAAGGAACCACUGGACCACUGAGGGAUCGAUAUAAAGAUGGAUGUAAAAGAACACCGCUUUAUUUACACUUUACUUUUAAUCUCAAUGCUACAUGAAGUGGAGCUUCUUCCAGAAGGCAAUGUGUCUACAAUUUUUCCUAACACAACAAACGCACCGGUACGAUGUCAAAUAUUUUCGAAAGAUGAAAAGGUGGUGGCAGACAUAAAAGACGCAAUUAGCUCGGGAACAAAGCUGAUUAAAUACCAUUUAAAACUGGACAAUAGUGAUCACAAAUGGGAAGGGAAGAACAAAAGUGAUGCCUACAAACUACUUUACUGGGUAAGGACAACUGGUCGCCACGGAACUGGAUUGCUGCUCUUACGCCACGAUUAUGAUAUUCUUUCUCUUACUACACUUGAACUCGGAGUGGUCACACUUGACGUCCGUAUACAGGAACAUCCUGUAGAUUGCUUACAAAAUACGUCACUCACAGACGUAGAAACAUUGCUUCGUGAACUUGUGAUGAACGAUUUUCAGAACAAAAGUAUCACAGAAGCAGUCGAAAUGGCGGCGUCAGAAAAUGUUUGCAACUUACAUGUGUUGAAUGAUUCGGGCACUGCCAGAUAUAAAUAUAUUUGUUGUAGUCGCGGUGCAAACGCGUAUCUCACUUGUCAUUACCUAGAGUCGGACAUCUGGUUAACAAUUUUGAUGGUUUCUGUAACAGUUCUUAAAAUACUGAUCGCCCUAUACAGCCCGAGGUUUGUUCCACAAUCAUUAUACCGUCUACGAAACUUUGCAAAACCAUUUGUGCAUAAAAUUGAUCCAAGAGAACUCAAAGUAAUCCGGACCAGGACUCCAGAUUUGUACAAAAGUCAAGAAGCCAAUGCCAAACAAAUAACAACGAUAAGUUCGAAGAAAUUAAAACACAUGCCUAAGUUUGAGGACGCGCUCAGUAGCCUUCGGCCGGAAGCUCCAUACACACUGAUAAUAGAUAAACUUCUUUUGCGCGUGAAAAGUGAUAGGCUGCUUCCAGAAGAUUACGCACCCGUUAGUCUAAUUAAAGCAUUGUACGAAUCCUUCGUGAGAUGUGAAAUCCGAUACCGUUCGUCAGCGGAAGACUGUUGUAAAGCUGAUGUCUGCAGUGCAGUGGCAUGUACAAAGAAAAGUUGUUCCUGGUAUCGUUUGUUAAAGGAAGUGAUGAAAGUGAUGGUCAUAUUCUGCUUAGCACUUCCUUGGUUAUUAAGAAUGUAUGUUUAUUUUGAAUAUGAACACGAGGAAUUGAAUGAUAGAAAAACUGACGCAGAUGAACGUAACCUUGAAUUCUAUUUUCCAGGCAGUGUUACCUUAUACCUUACUCCGAUUCACGUUUUAUUCCUCGCAAUCUACUGCUUGCUGAUAUUUGAAUCUCUCACAUACGGCAUCAUUAGAAAACGAGCCAAAGAACGUUUACAAUUUGUCAUGAGAAAGUGUUUCAGUGACAUGGCUGAUGGAGAAAAGAUGUAUGUAUUUGGCUGGUUAGUUAAAAACCUCUUGAAGCCUUGUACAUCCUUUGGUGGUAUUGGCCUAUGUGUAGGACUUGUCGUGAUCCCUUUAUCGGUGCCUUUGAUAUUUAGCCUGCUUGCAUUUUAUAUGGUACCGACACUGAACAUUGCGUGUAGGUUAUUGGCACAGUUUGCAGUAUAUCUUUGUCCAAACGUCAGUUGCUUCUCAUCAUGUGCGUGUUCACUUCGCAUACGAUCUGCCUUAGAGUUUGAUGUUCUUUCUUCAAUGGAAUCUUUAGACAAAGAUAGACUUAUAAUGAAAUCACCUUUAAAAAGAGCUGUGCAAGUUAUGACCAUUAUGCUUUGUUUGAUUUCCUUAUGUUCCGUUGUUUUUCUUAUAUCCGAACUGAUAUCCUUUUUGGUCGAAGUAGUUGUGUAUACGCUCAUGGGCCUGGUUUUGCAUGCGUCGUUGACAUUAACGUACGUUUCUCUCAUUCUACUUUUAUUUUUCUACGCCAAUGACAGUUUCGGAACUGUAACCCAAACGUACUUGAAAUUCAAUGAGACGAUGCAUUCAGUUGUCGCUGGAUUGCUGAAGGAAGAAAUAGAAGAGGAAGUACGGAAAAGCGAAGAGAAACAAGAAAACCUGGCAUUUAAAAUGCCGCUUCAAGACUUCACUUCCAAUGAAGCAUAUGAAGGACAAGACAACACAGUUGAAAACAAAACUUCACCAAAAGGGGUACUCAGUAUUGAAGUGGAAGACGGUAUACCCCAAUGGACUACAUCUCACCUAUUACUCUUUCUCACAAGGAAAGAUCAGCCAAUGAUCCCGAGCCGGUUUUUCUUUGAUUCGUGUAAAAUGCCGUACUACAAUGUGCCUGGUGAUAUCCUACUUAAGUAUUUAUACGCUUUUGUAGAGUUUGGAUCUAUCAUUAUUUUCUUACUUUUCGUUUUGUUGGUUGUUCUGGCAUUUGAUGACGCGUACAAUGUGACAGCAACAAACAAGCUUUUAGCAACAGUCGCAGGAGGAUUUUUACCGUUUAUGUUGAAGAAAUUCCUUAUUAAAGCCCAUUCGAUAACGGAAGUUGAUAUCAGUGACAUUCAUUUCAAAAUUUGUCUCAACGAAGUCGUAAAGAGUUACAAGGAAUCCUGGCCGAUCUUUGACAUUGAAUUAAAAUCAUGCGAAGAAUUUAAACCAACUGCUAUCUUAGUAGAUAACGAAGUCCUAACAACGGAACGGUCGGAAAUAGUUGAUUUGAUGAUAGAUAUCAGUGAGGAAACCAAAAAAAGUGAGAGGCAUGAGUCCAAUUAUAUCGAUAUGUAUUGACAUAAAUAUUUUAUAUUCAUUUGUCGAUGAACUUGUUUUUCAUUAUUUUGAAAAAAUGUAGUAUGUUUUGUUGCAAAGGAAACUAUAUUUUUAUUUAAAAUCAUAUAAAUAUACUGCACUUGAAAGUCAUAACCCUUUUCUAUUGUUUUGUUUUUAUUGAUUUGUUUUAUUGUUUUGCGAUCUGUGCAUAACCGGACACUUAAUGAUUAUGAUAAAGGCAAUAUUAACUGGGUAUUGGAUGUUCAUAAGAUAUUAAAUGAUUGUGGGUUUGCAUACUUUUGACAACCCCGAUGCUGUUAAUUUAAAUGCUGUUAUAAUGCAUUUAAAUUUAGUACCAAGGAUUAUACGUUAAUACUUUGUUAAACUUUUGUUAAACUUUUGUUAAAGUUUUUGUUCAUUCUUUAGGAAUUCAAUAAGAAGAAUUCACACAUAAUACUAUACCACGUUACGAACGUUAUUGUUUAUGCAGUAAUAAAUGAUACAUGGAAGAUGUAUUGCAUUUUAGAUGUAGAUGUCGAUGUUGUCUACCACUAGAUAAAACUUAUUUAAAACGAUCAUACAAUUGUAUCCAUCUGUCUUUAAGUUCCAUAAAUUACUGACAUUAUGUGAUAAGAACGAGCUUAUUAUAUAUGAAAUAGGCAUUUGUUCUAAACAAUUCAACUAUUAAUAGCACAACUGAAAGUAAAUUAGUUAUGAUAAUCUCCCUCAUUUACAAGGUUAAGAAGUAAUAAUAACACUAACAAUGAUCUUUAUUUUAUCUUUUGCCUAUUGAUUAUGUAGUUUACUUUAUUUGUAUACCAGUAUUUUGUUUCUUUAGUUUACCAUAUGUAUACACAUGCGACAUCAAUAUAUGCUUAACUUUAUGUAUUGAGACGAUGUACAGCUGUUUCAGUCUAAUAAACUGUUAUUUCUGC